AUUGUUCACAGCCGUUGGUGCGCUCUUGACAAGUCUUUGUCAGCUGCCAUGGAUGGGGAGAGUGCAAAGAAAGAUAAGUUCUCUAGCAGGAUCCAUGUCCAGGUCUGCCUUGAUGGGGGGUACCAUGUGCUUGAUGAGUCAACUCACUACAGCAGUGAUCUCAGGCCAACCAUAAAGCAGCUCUGGAAGCCAUCUAUUGGCAUUUUGGAGCUUGGAAUUCUGAAUGCUGAUGGACUCCACCCUAUGAAAACCAGAGAUGGAAAAGGUACCUCAGAUACAUACUGUGUAGCCAAGUAUGGUCACAAAUGGAUUCGAACUCGAACUAUCAUAAACAACCUGAGCCCGGAAUACCAUGAGCAGUACACCUGGGAGGUAUAUGAUCCAGCUACUGUUCUUACUAUUGGGAUGUUUGAUAACAGCCAUAUCGGUGGUUCAAGUGGUAACAGAGAUAUGAACAUCGGAAAAAUCAGGAUCCGUAUAUCUACUCUUGAAGCUGGUCGCAUUUAUACGCACUCUUAUCCACUGCUAGUCCUUAAUCCUUCUGGAGUCAAGAAGAUGGGUGAACUACAUUUGGCCAUAAGAUUUUCAUAUACCUCAUGGGCAAACACAAUGUUUCAAUAUACACGGCCUCUUUUACCAAAGAUGCACUACAUCAGGCCAUUGUCUGUGGUACAGCAGGAGAUGCUGCGACACCAUGCUGUCAACAUUGUGGCAGCUAGACUCGGUAGGGCAGAACCUCCUUUGAGGAAGGAAGUAAUUGAAUACAUGUCUGAUGCAAAUUCUCAUCUCUGGAGCAUGAGGCGCAGCAAGGCUAACUUUUUUCGCCUGAUGUCAGUAUUCGCAGGAGCAUCGGCAGUUGCUAAAUGGUUUGGAGAAGUCUGUUUGUGGAAAAACUCUAUCACAACAGUGUUGGUUCAUGUUCUCUUUGUCAUGCUGGUCUGCUUCCCUGAACUGAUUUUACCAACAGUAUUCCUUUACAUGUUUGUGAUUGGGGUUUGGAAUUAUCGUUUUAGGCCAAGAUUCCCUCCUCACAUGAACAUAAGAAUCUCUUAUGCAGAAAUGGUUCUCCCUGAUGAACUUGAUGAGGAAUUUGACACUUUUCCUACAACAAAAAGCUCAGAUUUAGUUCGGAGAAGGUAUGAUCGGUUAAGGAGUGUGGCUGGGAGGAUUCAGACUGUAGUUGGUGACAUUGCUACCCAGGGGGAAAGGUUUCUGGCACUGUUAAGCUGGCGGGAUCCUCGUGCUACAACUAUCUUUUUGACAUUCUGUCUUGUGGCUGCCAUUGUUUUAUAUGUUACGCCUUUCCAGGUGCUUGCUCUUUUAGGUGGGUUUUAUGCCAUGAGGCAUCCCAGGUUCCGCCAAAGGACACCCUCAGCAGCGCUAAAUUUCUUCAGGCGGCUACCUGCCAUGACUGAUAGUAUGCUGUGAAUAGGUUUGUAGGAUUCUCUCCAGAGUAAUGCAAGUGUCAUGGUGGUUUUGUCCAGCUAUGUUUGUGAAGCUUUGGUUUUUGUUUAUUGCCUAGUCUGUAUUGGUGAUGGACACCAAUCCAACUCUAUGUAUGCCUUGCAAUCAAAGAUUAUAUAAAAUUUAUGUUUCUGU